AUGGAGAGAGAUUCCGAGUCAUGCCUAGGGGAAACUCUAGAGGAUCACGACCAAGCAGAGGAAGAGGAAGAAGAAGAGGAGGAAGAAAGGAACACUUGUCGUGAUGAUCGCAGUCCUUCCCUCUGUUCUUCCUGUGGGGGCCUCCUUCCUGAUUCACCUCCAGAUGGGUUCAUGCGCCAGUUAUUGCUGGCUUCCAAGAUGGAUUCAGAUCCUGUUUCCGUCGUUGGAGGCAGCAAAUCCAAGACAGAUUUAUGCCGGACAGAUUCCACGGAAUCUACGUCGUCCAUAAUAGCACGUAUCCCCGAUGCUUGCCAUUGUGAGGAAUGCCUCCUCGGGAUCUCGGAUAUGCUCUCUGGGCAGAACCUCAGUGUCAGUGUCAUUGUCACUGUCAAUGGCAGUGGACAGACCCGUCCCCGCUAUUAUCCCAAGAAGCCCUCAGGAUGGAGGAAGGUGAGAAACAUCGUCCAGUUGGCUCCGUUUUUCCAGACCUACCGGAAGCAGAGAUACCCCUGGGUCCAACUUGCGGGACACCAAGGAAACUUCAAGGCAGGAGAAGAGCAGGGGACUAUCCUGAAGAAACUCUGUGGCGAAGAAGAUGUUUGCCUUCAACAACUCAGAUCUGAUGCCCUUCGACCGUAUGUGCCUGAAUACAGAGGCCAGAUAUUGGGAGAUGACUGUGAGCAGUACUUGGUACUCCAGGAUCUCUUGGCUGGCUUCACAAAUCCUUGUGUGAUGGAUUGCAAAAUUGGUGUGAGGACAUACCUGGAAGAAGAGCUAGCUAAGGCUAAGGAGAAAGGGAAACUCCGUAAGGAUAUGUACGAGAAGAUGUGUCAGAUUGACCCUUCAGCUCCCUCAGAAGAAGAGCACAGAGCCAAAGGGAUUUCCAAGCCAAGGUAUAUGGUGUGGCGGGAGACGAUGUCAUCUACAGCAACACUUGGCUUUCGCAUCGAAGGGAUCAAGAAAUCAGAUGGAUCCUCCAGUCAAGACUUCAAGAUGACAAAAACCAAAGAGAAAAUCCUUGAAGUAUUCACAUUCUUCCUUGAAGGCUAUCCACAGGCUGCUUCCAAAUAUUUGCAGAGGUUGAGAGAUAUCUCUGCCACCCUUGAAGUUUCUGAGUUUUUCCAGAGUCAUGAGUUGAUUGGGUCUUCCCUCCUGUUUGUGCACGAUGCACAAGAUGCAAAAAUUUGGCUCAUAGACUUUGCCAAAACCUUCCCAGUCCCAGAUGGGAUGAAGAUCAACCACCGGGAUGCUUGGAUGGUUGGCAACCAUGAGGAUGGAUAUCUCAUUGGCCUUGAAAGCCUCAUCCAAGUCUUCACUGAACUUUUCCAAGCUCAAGCCCCUCAUGAGACACAAUCAACCCAUAGAUAA